AUGCCCCGGCCUCUGUCGUCCUACUUUACGUCGUCCCCGUCGUCCUCGGCCGCCCACUCGCGCACCCGCUCUCACAGCAACGUCGACGGCCUGCUCCCCUCGCACGCCCCGCCGCCCGACUCGAGCGUGCACCAGGUCCAAGACUCGUGGGUCGUGCCCGUGUCCAGCCGCGCACCGAGCUGGGACCUCGAGCGCAACUCGUGGUCGCCCGUCUCGUCAUCGUCCCACACCCUGCUCCACCUCGGACCCACCCCUUCGAGGUCCCUCUCACUCGGACGUGCUCCAGGCCUGUCGCCCGCAACCGCAGCCGCGUCGCGCAGCUACCGCCAAGCCGGCCUCAUCGAGCAAGGCCUCCCCGCCGCCGCCGCUCCUCCUCCUCCUCCUCCUCUCUCGUCCUCGUCCUCGUCCACCUCGCCCCCGACAAAGCCCCAGUGGCCUCCCCAGCAACCCCUCACCCCGACCUCGCACCACCUCCCGUCCCACCGCCAGACUCGCUCGGUCGGUCGCGCGGCCCCGCCCCCACCGCCUCCCCCUCCCCUCGCCUCGUCGUCCCACGUUCGCGUCCCUUCCACCUCGCGCCACUCCCACACCACCAUGCUCGGCCACCACGACCCUCACCAGCACGCCCGGCCUCGCGCCAACAGCAACUCGCGCCCGCCCAUGGCCUACUCGCCCUUGGCCGGCGGCUCGAGCGCGCCCGCCGCCGCGACCGCGAGCCCGGGCGGGCAGCCGAGGGGGAGGAGGGCCGAUCCGGCGGGAGGGUUCGUCAGCCCGCUCAAGGCGCUCACGACGGCGCUCCCGCAGACGUACCACCUCGUCAACCCGGCGUUCGUGUACGAGACGUCGCGCAACCCGAGGCGCGUCCUCACCAAGCCGAGCAAGCCCGCCGGCAACGAGGGCUUCGACAACGAGGACUCGGACUACAUCCUCUACGUCAACGACGUGCUCGGGCCCGAGGACAAGGACCGGUACCUCAUCCUCGACGUACUCGGGCAGGGCACGUUUGGCCAGGUCGUCAAGUGCCAGAACAUGAAGACGCACGAGAUUGUCGCCGUCAAGGUCGUCAAGAACAAGCCGGCCUACUUCCAGCAGAGCAUGAUGGAGGUCACGAUCCUCGAGCUCGUCAACAACCAGUGGGACAAGGACGACGAGCACCACAUGCUGCGGCUCAAGGACACGUUCAUCCACCACUCGCACCUGUGCCUCGUGUUCGAGCUCUUGAGCAACAACCUGUACGAGCUCAUCAAACAGAACUCGUUCCGGGGCCUGUCGACCUCGCUCGUGCGCGUCUUUACGGCCCAGCUCCUCGACGCCCUGUCGGUCCUCAACGAGGCCAAGAUCAUCCACUGCGACCUCAAGCCCGAGAACAUCCUCCUCAAGUCGCUCCAGUCGCCGACGAUCAAGGUCAUCGACUUUGGCUCGGCGUGCCACGAAAAGCAGACCGUGUACACCUACAUCCAGUCGCGCUUCUACCGCUCGCCCGAGGUCAUCCUGUCGCUCCCGUACUCGAGCAUGAUCGACAUGUGGUCCCUCGGGUGCAUCUGCGUCGAGCUGUUCCUCGGCCUGCCCUUGUUCCCGGGUACGAGCGAGUUCAACCAGAUCACGCGCAUCGUCGAGAUGCUCGGCAUGCCGCCCGACCACAUGCUCGACAAGGGCAAGCAGACGUCGCACUUCUUCGAGACCGUGUCGGACGAGUACGGCCGCCGGCGGUACCGCCUCAAGUCGCUCGAGCGCUACGCGAGCGAGUACAAGGCCAACGAGCAGCCGAGCAAGAAGUACUUCUCGGCGAGCACCCUGCCCGAGAUCGUCAAGCAGUACCCGAUCGUGCGCAAGGGCCUCAAGGAGGCCGAGGUCGACAAGGAGAUGAUCAACCGCCUCGCCUUCAUCGACUUUGUCCAGGGCCUUCUCAACCUCGACCCCGAGCAGCGGUGGUCGCCUCAGCAGGCUCGCCUGCACCCGUUCGUCCUCGGCGAGCCGCUCCUCGCGCCAUUCGUCCCGCCGCCUCGGCACCUCGUCACCAAGGGCGGCGCGCCCUCGCCGACCGAUGUCGCGCAGGCCAAGCAGCAGCAGCAGCAGGCGGCCAUGAUGCGCGCUCAGCAGCAGCAGCAGCAGCAGCAGGCGUACGGCGCACCGAUGCAGCAGCCGCAGACGCCGAGGCGGGCGCAGUACGGCCAGCCGAUGCCGCCGCAGCUGCACACGCCGCAGCAGCCGCAGCAGUCGCCGUACGGCCAGGCGCAGGCGCCGAGGGGCCAGUACCAGCCGUUCGACCCGGCCGCCGCCGCCGCCGCCCAGCAGCAGCAGCAGCACCAGCAGCACCAGCAGGCGCUCGCUCAGCAGGCGGCGCAGCAGCCGUCGCUGUACGGCGCCGCCGCCGGCGGC